UUCAUUCUAAGUAUCUUCAUCAUCUUCUUCCAAGCAACACUAUUCAUUGUCAACCUCAUAAGAGAAAAAAGUAAGAAAAGUUGGGAAAUAAAACAAUAUCAUAUCUUCCUCCAUAGCAAACAAUAGUUCAUAGAAUUGAGGUCUCAGCUAUGUCAGCCAUGGAAGCUUCUUCUCAGCCCCUAUCCAUUGAAAGCUUCUCAUACAGUUGGUUAGUGAAUAUCAGAUCAUCCUUUGAAAGCCGUCGCAAUUCCUUCACAACAUCUCUCGAUGAAGCUUCCUUCAUUGAGAUGGAUCCUACAAUGCCACCCUCCAAGAGAUUCUACUUCACCUCCUCUCGUACUUCUCACGACUUCGCGUUCCCCGCUCUCUCUCGGUCGCCAUCGCUCCCUCUCGUUCACGCCGACCAGCUCAUCUCCAAUGGCUAUCUCAUCCCAGCUGCGUACGAGGGCGCGCACGGGAUCAUUGGUUCACCCGCCGUUAAGCUCACCGCCGAGCCACUUGGGAAAUUGGAGUCGUCGUGUUCGUUGAGGAAGUCAUGCCGGAGAUUAUCAAGGCAGAUUUUUGAGAAGUACUUGAACUUUUUUAGGCCAAUUUUCAGAAGGGUUCAAAGGGUAGAAGGGAAUGGGAAUAAGAAAAUUACAAGAGAAGCUCAUCAGUGUUGUGAUGAAUGGAGAAGAUCUUCUUGUGAUUCUGAGAGCUCAAUUUAUGAUGCAGUUCUUCACUGCAAAAGGUCCAUAGGGAAAUGAAGAGGGGAAGGAAGAAGGAGGAUGAUGAUGGCGAUGAUGAACAUAGGGUAUGGGGACAGUACAGUUGUUGUUUGUCUGUUUUGACUUUGUGAGUAAAGAAGAAUAUGUGUUUGUGGAAAUUGUGGGGAUUGAUGGGAGAGGAAAAGGCAUCAUAUUAAAUUUUUGUUGUCUUUAUUCCAUGUCCAACACAAACCACUAAUUUUUUUUAUUUUUUGAGGUGAGCUCAUACCCACUCUUUUCCUA